AUGACAUUGUUAGCCCGUACCGGCCUUAAAUCUAUUCUUAACGUGUUUAAAAAUUUCUCGCAUACAAUCAGCUCUGAUAUUAGCGUUAUCGCUCGCCCAAAAUUUUCACGUGCUAGUAUAUCUGCGUCCAAACAAUGCACCGGUAGUGCCCGAGAUGUUGAAAUAAGCGCGCUGACCGACGUUAAACGUAUUCCGAGCGAUAUUAAAACCGUUCUCCUGGUGCCAAAUGAUAGAAUCAACAUAAUUACUGACUACGCUUUUAGCACCAAGGGCAAAAUGCUACGUCCUCUCCUAGUUAUGCUAAUGGCCGCUUGUGCAAAUGGACAUCUGGAUUAUUCACUUAUCGGUUCUCAUGCUCAGACCCCAAAGGUGAAAUUUCCAAAUAGACAGUUAGAAAGUAAGGUUAAUGAUGCCCAACAUGCAAUUGCCGUAAUCACUGAAAUGAUUCACACUGCAAGCCUUAUUCAUGACGAUCUCAUCGAUAAGGCAGAGACACGACGUAAGAGAGUAGCAACUUACAAGAAAUUUGGCAGCAAAAACGCUAUCCUUGUGGGCAAUGUGAUGUUGUUGAAAGCUUCGGAAUUGCUUGCAAAGUUGGAUAAUGCGGAAGUCGUGUCUUUACUAUCAACAGUUCUUGAUGAUUUGAUUCGAGGCGAAUUCAUGCAGCUAGCAUCAAAUUCUGAUGAGAACUACCGUUUCCACCUAUACCUCGAGAAGACAUACAAGAAAACAGCUAGUUUAAUGGCUAAUAGUUGUAAAGCUGUGACCAUUCUUUCCGGUGUUGGUGCUUCACUGGUGGAGUCAGCCUAUAACUUUGGUCGUCAUUUAGGCAUGGCUUUCCAAUUACUGGAUGAUGUUCUGGACUUCACUGGACAAGAAAGUAAACUUGGGAAACCUGCUGGUGGGUCAGAUCUACAGUUAGGACUCGCUACCGGUCCGAUUCCUGAGCUAGAAAAGAUGCUUGAUACUGGAUUUAAAACUCCAGAAGAUCAAAAAAGGGCUGUGAAGUACGUUCGCGAGUCCAACGGAAUUGGUCAGACGCGCAUUUUGGCGGAAUUCCACUUUCAAGAGGCUCAACGCCAAUUGGGUCGUUUCAAGGCGUCUGAUUCGCGAAAAUGUCUCCUCCAAGUGGCCGCCACGACUCUUCAAAGAAGCUUUUAA